CGGGACGAGUCCGUGCGACGUGAGUGCAGCGCCACGUCGCGGCCGCCACCACAACUAUCACCCAUUCACUCUCACCACAAUCACCUCACACAAUACGCAUUUUAUAAGCACGCUCUCGGUACCCUCAAAGUCCCAUUCAUUCUCCCGAUAGGGGAGGUUCGGAGUUUUUGUGCACGCCGGGGCUGAUUAACAGCUGGGAGUUCUCUAUGAAAGACACGCUGAAUUUGUAGAUGCAAGAUGGGUGACGUGCAAGUAGCCGUAACAGUCCUGUGUGCCAUAGCGCUGGUAGUUUUAGUGUUCCUCGCUUUUUUCCACAAAGUCAACCUUCUGAGCUGGAUCCAGGCCUGGAUCCGUGCCAACAAGGAGGAGAAGGUUUCCUUGACAAGGCUGAAAGGCCAUUAUAAUGCUAAUGGAUACUUGGUGCACUCUGACUCUGACAUUCCUCUCACGUGCAGCGGUUCCGGCAGCUUCCGACGUUUCGACACCGUCGACUGCGACUUCCGAAUGAACUUGACUACAGUGGCUCCACCUAUCGCGGACUGGACGGGUGUGACGCCUCCAACGGAGGACAACAUCCCGCCGCAGCCCCUCAGGCCGGCGCCGGUGCCUGGAGUGACGCCUUCAACAACCGUCUCCGCAAGUGCUGGAGGUGUUUCGGGACAUCCUACUACUAGGAGGUCAGUGAGUUGCACGAACGGUGUAGACCACACGCGCCAGUCAGAAUCCUCAGCCGCAGAAAAAACGAGCAUUUGUCCGAUUCCCAGGCCGGUGUCGUCCAUCAACGUGGCUACUUUAAUGUCGCAGUCGUCGUUUCCGGUGUGUCUGACGCCGCCCCCCAGUCCUGCUGCCCCUCCUCCUACGCCUGCAGCGACAGCCAUUGCGACGCCGGGGCCGUUGACAGCUGUCGCGCCGCCCCUGAAGCUGGCUGGGGUCUAUGUGCAACCGAAGCAACAGGUGGUGUUGCCACCCAACCCUGAUCCACCUCCUCCUCCAGCCCCUGAUCCCGACGCCGAUGCUCUGCCAUCAGCGGCGGCGUUGCAGAGGGCGAUGUCCUGCGACAGCAUUUGUUCAGACACUUCGGUGGCACUGGGCGACUUAGAAAUUCUCAACGUUACAGGGUAUCUCUGUAUUGGCCUAGAGUAUGACAGCGAAUGCUGGGACUUAAUAGUGAACGUCCUAGAAGCAAAGAACUUGACAGGCGUCGCAAAGAAAAACGACUUCUUGGACACUUACGUCCGAGUUUCGCUGCUUCCAGACACUGAAGCAACAAUACAGACCAAAGUAUAUCGUAGUGCUGGUAGUCCUAGUUAUAAGGAACGUUUCUUAUUCUCGAUGAACCCCCGCGAGCAGUCGACACGUCUGCUUUGCUUCCACGUGUACGCCACUGACUUCCUGUCGCACACCCUCAUCGGCGAGGGCGAAAUCCGGCUAGCUGACGUCAGCCUCCGGCAGCCCGUCACAACUUGGGUCACGCUCACCGACACCGGACAGAGGGGCACAGAGUUCGGAGAAAUCAUGUUUUCCUUGAGCUAUCUUCCGACCGCUGAGAGAUUAACGGUUGUGGUGGUAAAAGCGAGAAACUUGAAGUUCUCCACUGACACACCAGGGGAAGCUUUUGUUAAGGUGUACCUGAUGCAUCAGAAUAAGAAGAUCAACAAGAAAAGACUUCGACAAAGAAAGGAGAGAAGAGUCCUAUUUUUAAUGAAUCCAUGAUGUUCAGUGUACCUGCACAUACGUUAUCGACAAUCCAAUUACGCUUAACAGUGGCCGAGCCACCGGUGGCGACCCCUCCGGGCGAAGAGAACGCCAAGGCGUACUCGAUCGGUCACGUUAUUGUGGGAGCUCAGGCGAGUGGCAGGUCGCUCAGUCACUGGAACCAGAUGCUGACCGCCCUCAGGAAACCGGUCGCCAUGUGGCAUUCGCUCAGAAAAUAACAGGACUUUCAAUAAUCCACUCCCAAUAGUUGACAAAAUAAGAGAUAAACAAAAAGAUAAAAGUCGAGACCACUUAGAUAGGUAGGUGUAGCGUCAACAAGACGCUUCUGGUUUACUGCUGCAAAACAUUGAAAUCCCAACCACUCGAAAAAACUCUGGAUGAUAAAAACUUGAACAAGAGAUCAAUAUUUAAGAUGUACACAUUCAACAGGAACUGUAUAGUUUGAGUAAACCUGUUGAUCAUUGGAACGCAACUUAACUUUGAUCGCGUCAUGAACACUUCUGCGUAUUUAGCUGGACAACCUUUUCUGCUUUGCUGAUACCAAUUGGACAUUUUUCAGACAAAAUACACACCACACCUAUGAAUGUCGCUCACACUGUAGCUAUGUAAGUAGUCUUGAAAACCCAAAGAUAUGUUUGUAUUUUGUGGCGCUGAAUCCUGAAGUUGGAAUCUUCCGAUGUAUUCAACAAAAAUCUUAUGAGCAUCUGAAUGAAAUAAAUAUAUCCCGAUUCUCCUACCAAAAAAAUACUCAUAUUUUCAAGAUAUGUACUUAAAAAAUAAAUAACAUUCAGAUGGUUGGUCGUCUGUUUUGUGUUUUAUCAUAAUCAGCUCUUUUUGACUUCACAUCUAAGUUUGAAAUACAUGAAAGAGCUUAAGCAACUAUUUACGUUAAUUUUUUGUGUUCUAUGUUACUGAGAUAUGGUACUAUGCUGUAGUUUUGAUACCGCCAUACCGACCUUUUCAAAAAGGUCCUCCCUUCCAACUUAUUUAUUGAAUGGCUCAAAUUAGCAAGAUGAAAUUGGGAGUGCAGAAAUUGUGAUAUCCCAUUUUGAAGCUCCUUAUCCUUAUAAUCGUAAAAUAUAAAUUUAAUAUCUUUCACAGUGCUCGACCGGUCGGCUCUGCCAAAGUUUGACGUUUUUGUACGCUGAAUAACUCAACAACCAAUCAUCAAAAUGCCAUAGUAUGUUAAAUCAACAUUCUUGUUAAGUAAUGGUCUAUUCGAAUGUGCGACAGACUAUGGGACAUUUUUCAUUUAAGAAAAAUAAACCAUUUCGGUAUCCUAAGUUUCAGCUUGCUAACUUGACCCAUUCAAAAAAUAAGUAGGAUGAACCUUUUUGGAAAGCACAGUGAAGGAUACUUUGCCUAUUAAAACAAAUUAUCCAAUAUGAACCAAUUAACUCAUAUGCAAAACGUGCAUGUAAUCUUUUUCGAUACUUUCAAUACCACAUCAACACUCUCGUAGAGAUUAAUAUCUCUCUGAAGAACUGGAAAUACGCCACUUGCUAACAAAAAAUCACAAGCUACCAAAAAUAAUUAGAAGGACUAAACAUUGUUUUCAUGUGUAUAUAUGUAUAUGUAUACCCAUAUCUGCUCCUAAAAAGAAGCACUAUACUUUUAAUAUCCAGAUAUCUUUAUCCUUAAAUGUAAAUGUGUACAAUCCCCCAAAAAUACACCAAGUGUCAUUACUUCCAAUGUAUGUGAUAAAAAUGUUGAAACCUGUUUGAAUUCUAUAUAAAAAAAUAUGCAAUCAUAUGUAUCUAACCUGUUCUUAUAUAUUCUACCCUGUUGAAUAUUUCUUCUUUGACAAUAAAUAAAAAUAAUAUACUUUUACAGCUGUAGAAAGAAACGAGAUGUUGAUAAGAAAUGUUACAAAAAACAACACAAUAACAUCAACUAUAGGUAAAAGUCGAUUUUUUUCUAUUUUAAUAAAUUAUUAUGAACCUACGAGAUUUUGCUGUGUCCAGACUGUGAAUUUCAAAAGUAUAUGUUAUGAGUGUAUGUUAAGGUACUACCCGCCUAGAGUAGAUUUGGAUUCAAAUAUAAACCUAUGUCAUAUAUAGCCACUUGCAAUAAAUUGCAAUAAGUAUAUGUGAUUUCUUAAUACAAUGGAGGACUUUUAUUAUUUUAAAUUCGAAUGAACAUAAAACAUUAAUCGAUUAUUACUUUCCUGGAUAAUAACAGGUGUUCUCCAGGUAAAUAGUAUUUUAACAUUGAUUAAAAAGUGAACUUUUCUGGCAUUAGUAAACCAAAAAUCACCAGAAAUACAUGUUAUAUUGGAUGUCAUUGGGAGAAGCCAAUUAACUAUGGAUAUGGACGACUGAGCGCAUUAUAAAUCACGUAUGUUUAAGAGAUCUUCAACCUCUUAUAACCAAAAUACUUGGUGCCAUACCAAUUUUAGCCAUUUCAAUCACCCUGUACAUUUUUUAACUCGGUACGCGUACUCAGUAGCUUAUCCUAUCGAAUCGAUUAUAACAGGACAGACAAAUUAACACAAUUCUAAACUUACCAAAAAUGCUCAAAUCCGUUCUUGUCGGAAACAAUACCUGAAUUUGCCUUCCAUAUUUGCAAAAAAAAAACACAAAAAGAUCCGCCUUUGGUAUAUCCCUAUCUCUCAAAUUUUCAUACACAGUACGUUACCACGACUAUCACAUAGCCGGAGCAUCAUAGGCAGUGUAAAUGGCAACAUUGGCGCGGUGGCAAUUUCGCCAGACAUGAAAUUUUUUUCAAUAUAUGGAUAUGUAACCGCCUAUCUUUAGUUUUUGUCUCCUAUCUUCUUCUAAAUCCAACAUAGCGCAUAUAGUCUUGAAUAGUAUGUAAUAAAAUUAAUAUACCCUCCAGGCUCCCGCCUUGUACCAAAAUGUUGAUACGAGUACAUGGGCCGGAAAAAAAUGAUAGGUACCCAUGCUUUAACUUUACUUAUAGUAGAUUGAGCAACAUCUUUCAACAGUUUUGGAGUCUCGACGAAAUGCCGUAUACAAAAUCCUUUCAAAAGAUAUAAAAUAUGGUAAUUUUUAGUAUUCUCAUCAACAUCUCCGGAUUAAGUAGUUAACCUCCAAGACCUAUAUUCAAAAGUUGUUAGGUUUGUAAAUAGCUUAUUCAUAUAUUAUGCUGUGAUACACCAUGGGCACACCCAUUUUUCACCCACAUAUUUUUUUAGAUACGGAACAUAGAGAAAGAGACGUUGUUGUUGAUAUUUAGAUAGCUAUUCUGGGUCUUGAGUGCAUGUAAAAGAAUGUCUUUUCUAAAAAAACGUAUCCAUGAUCAUAUGUGUAGCUGUUGUUGAGUUUUAUUAAUAAUAUAACCACAUAUCACCUUUGUUGUUAGGCCCUAAGUACAAUUCAGAAUGCAGGCACGAUUCAAAGGAGAAACGUUUUUCUCUAGUCUUUUUUUAAGAAUGUAAUUAAAAAGUUAUUGAGGUGGAAACAUUCGAAAUGUGUCAAAAACUUUUUUGCCGGAAUUCUGUCGACUCGUUUCUAUAUUGUUUUGCAAUCACUCGGUUUCAUUUAUGACGUGUUUAAGGCUUACGUAUAUAAAGAAGACACUACAUAGAACUGUUCGUGAUAUCCGCAAUUAUUGUAUUGAAAUACACCUUUCUUGAUUACAAACUCUGAAAUAUUUUGGAUAUGCGUCACGAAUAGUUCUUAAGUGAACUGUUUGAUUAAUCAUGGCUUUAAGGGUAAACUCAUAACUCUACUAUCAGUAGCCUAAACUCUAUAUUCUGAUCAAUCUUAGUUACUGCUUUACUACAGUUUACUGCUGAUUUCUAUACAAAUAGUGUUUGAAACCUAUAAAUUAUGGAUCUUGUCAAAAAACAGAAACAUUGAAUCAACUAAAAAAAAGUGGCUUCUAGAAAACUUGAACAAAGCAGAGAACAGUUCAUAGGAAGAAUAAAAAUGUUUUUAAUAUGACUUGGUAUAUUUCGUCACGUACACUUUCAUUUUUUUUAAGUAAUCAUAUCCUAUAAUGCUGCAUUAUUUGAAAGAAAUGAGUAUUAGUAAAGGCAUCUAUAUCUGUACUGUUUCCCAUAUAUUAUCUCAUUCCAUAGUAACCGUCAAUCGAGAGAUUCAAAAAAUGACAGCGAUGGAGCACUUUCAGAAAACUACUGAUGCAAAGUGUCUAGGCUCUUUAUUAUGAACAAUCGAAAAAAUGAAUGCGCUUUUGAUGUUCCUCUCAGUCACUCUGUUUCAUCUCCUUUUUGUAAUUUACUUGCUACAAAGAUUUUGACAAUCGUUGCAUUUUCGGCAUAGUAACUAGAAAAAAAAUCAUGGGACAGGUUCUUUGAAAAAUAUGGUAUAGAUAUUCCCUUUUUUGUUUAUAACUGGUAUAACACAAUACGAAAGAACGGCUGGGCGAGGACAUGGAGGAAACGAGGUCUGGAGGAUUCUAGCAUUAAUAGCGGAAAAGACUCAUUUCUUUUUUAUAACAAAGAGCUUGGUACUAUUUGCAAGUAUGAGAUAUCUCACACACUGCCUUUUAAAAAUACAUACAUGUGGUUUCUGUAAUUUUUCAUAUGAAAGGAGGAUCUGUCGAUUGGCUUAUAUAGCUACAUGUAACUCUCAUUCCAAUUUAAUGAUAUAAGACUGUACACAACUUGUGUGUUGUACACAAGAUGUUAUAUUUGUUGUAUUAUAUUGUUUGUUGUACUCUCAACUAUGUAUGAUCUUCUCAUUAUGCAAUAUUCUUUAUAUGUAAUAUGUAUGUAAAUAAAAAU